AUGACUGAGGUCAUGAGCCAGGAGUCACUUGUACCUGCGGCAUUCUGGUCGCACGGGUCUCCCCUCAUGUGUCGCAAGGAAUCUGCCUCGUCUGCAUAUUGGACCAAAUUCGGCAAAGCCGCUAAAAGUCAAGGUAUUAAGGGUCUUAUUUUCAUUGGUGCCCAUUGGGAGGAACUGGGUGACCGAAUCCGAGUCGCAAUAAAAACCAAGCCCGAAGUUGUCCAAAUGGAUAUGGUUCCACGCUCAUACUGGGAGAACUAUCCAAUCAAUAUUGACACGGGCUUGGCAACAAGAGUCGUUCAACUGUUGACCAAGGCCGGUUUCCCCGACAUGUUUCCCGAUGGCACUCCUCCCGCUACAGUUGUGAGCUUGAAUGCUCGCUACAACCCCACGUUCCACGUCAACAUCGGCAAAGCCCUGCGAGAGCUUCGCAAAGAGGGUAUCUUGAUCUGCGGAACCGGCGGGGCUGUGCACAAUCUAUAUCGUAACAACUGGUACCCCGUUCUGACCAAGGGCGACAACUUCCAGGAGGACCGCACACCUGCUGAGUGGGCCGUUGAGUUUGAGAAGUCGGUGAGCGAUGUGGUGUCCAACAACAAGGGGCCCCAGCUUGCAGGAGCCUUGACUCGCUUAACAGAGAGCCCUCGGUACAAAGAUGCGCACCCUACAGAUGACCCCUUUUAUCCCCUCCUCGUGAUUGCAGGUGCCCUUAUGCAAGACAAUGUGUAUGGCAAUAAGAUGGCUCAGACUUGGGAGCUCCAGAACAUGUGCAACAGCCAGUUUGUCUGGGGAGACUGGGUGACGCAGUAG